CUCUCCUUCGCUUCCUUCCUCCCGUGCUCGCUGAUUGAUUGAUUGAUUCCUCCUCGCCUUCACUCCACUCCACCCCUCGCUCGCUCGCUCCCCUCGCCCCGGCGGGGAGGGCAGCGGAAACCCUAGCGGAGGCCCGGCCGGCGGGCUACAUGCUUCGAGGAGGUUCCUCGAGGAGGAGGGUAGGGUAGAGGAGUGCAGCAGCCGGUGCCAGCCAUGGGCUGCGUCUUCGGCCGCGCGGCCGCGUCGUCCCCCGCGGCGCCGAGGAGAAAGAGGGGCAAGGAGAGGGCGUCCCCGCAGCCCACAGCGGCGGCCGAGGCCGGGUCGCCCUCCGCGGCUGUCGACGGGGACGGGAGGGCGCGGCGGCGGCUCGGGGGCCGCAGGGCGGCGGGGCCAAGGCAGGGGUGCGUCCCCGCGGCCGCCGCGGCGGAGCAGCUCGCCGCGGGCUGGCCGCCGUGGCUCGUCGCCGUCGCGGGGGAGGCCCUCCGCGGGUGGGCCCCGCGCCGCGCCGACACCUUCGAGAAGCUCAAUAAGAUAGGGUCGGGCACGUACAGCAACGUGUACCGCGCGAGGGACACCGUCUCCGGCCGCAUCGUGGCUCUUAAGAAGGUCCGGUUCGACAACCUCGAGCCGGAGAGCGUCAAGUUCAUGGCCAGGGAGAUACUGAUCCUGAGGAGGCUCGACCACCCCAAUGUGAUCAAAUUGGAGGGCUUGGUCACUUCCAGGAUGUCAUGUAGCCUGUACCUUGUCUUCGAGUACAUGGAGCAUGACCUUGCUGGGCUCGCAGCAAGCCCUGAUAUCAAGUUCACGUUGCCUCAGAUAAAAUGUUACAUGCAGCAGCUGUUAUCGGGGCUUGAGCAUUGUCAUGACAACAAUGUAUUGCACCGGGAUAUCAAGGGGUCAAACUUGCUGUUGGAUAAUAAUGGGAUUCUUAAGAUUGCGGAUUUUGGGCUGGCAACGUUCUUUGACCCACGGCAUAAGCGGCCAAUGACAAGCCGGGUCGUCACGCUAUGGUAUCGGCCACCAGAAUUGUUACUUGGUGCAACUGAUUAUGGUGUAGGCAUUGAUUUGUGGAGUGCUGGGUGCAUUCUGGCAGAGCUCUUGUAUGGGAAGCCCAUAAUGCCUGGACGCACUGAGGUGGAGCAGUUGCACAAGAUUUUUAAGCUAUGUGGCUCCCCUUCAGAGGAAUAUUGGAAGAAGUCUAAACUACCACAUGCAACGAUAUUCAAACCCCAACAGCCCUAUAAACGUUGCAUCAGGGAGACAUUUAAAGACUUUCCUGCAUCGGCUCUGCCAUUGGUUGAAACUUUGCUUGCAAUUGAUCCAGCUGAGCGUCAAACUGCGACAGCUGCAUUGCACAGUGAUUUUUUUUCAACCGAGCCUUAUGCUUGUGAUCCUUCAAGCCUGCCAACUUAUCCUCCUAGCAAGGAGAUGGAUGCCAAGUUGAGAGAUGAGGAAGCUAGAAGGCUACGAGCUGCUGCAAAGGCCAAAGGAGAAGCAAAAAGGACGCGACCACGUGAUCGAUCUCACAGGGCUGGACCAGCACCAGAAGCUAAUGCAGAGAUUCAAGCAAACUUAGACAGGCGACGGAUGAUAACCCAUGCCAAUGCAAAGAGCAAAAGUGAGAAGUUCCCUCCGCCACAUCAGGAUGGAGCAAUGGGUAAUCCACUGGGAUCCUGUCGUCAUAUGGAGCCUAUGUUCGAGCACCAGGACGCUUCCUUCAGUACAGUAGUCCCCAUUGAGAAGGGGACCUCACAAACAUGGUCGGGACCCUUGUUUGAUCCAUCAGCUCUUGGGCAAUCGAGGCGGAAGAAGCAGACAACCCUAGAUGCCAAGGCUGCAGCUUACUCAAAGCAGCUCCAAAAAGAAAAGGCAGGGAUACGAGCCAGAUAAUAAUUAAUAAAGUAUCUUUUUGGUGAGUUUGUGGGGAAGAGGUUCUUCAUGAUAGCAUAUAGAUGAAUUUUCUUCCUUGCUUUGUUCCUUUGGUGGUUGGAAAGCAGGUAACAGUGCUUUCCAGUUUCCACUGUAGGGAGAAUUCUUCGAGAUUGUGUAUAUGCUAUGUGUUAGUGCUUCCUGUUCUUUUUAGAUGCUUUUGAACGAGAUGGUGUGCUGUCACUAAGACAGGACCAGCCUUGGGUUUUACCACCCUUGUAUUUAUGCUGUUUAUGACAAUUCAGUUGCCGAUGUGUAUAUAUGUAGUAAUUAUUUCGUCCGUUUAUGUAAAGGGAUAGUGAUUGCAUUUA